AUGCCUCUGAAGCCCAAGACCUAUUGGAGGUACUUGGGCUUCUACUUUGACCGCAGGCUCACAUUCCAUGAGCAUGUUUGCUACUAUGCCACCAAGGCAUUUACCACUGUGCAGGCCAUGCGCAUGCUCGGAAACUCCACCAGAGGUCUCUCGCCUAAACAGCAGUGCCUCCUCUACAGAUCGUGUGUGGUUCCCAUUGCCACAUACGGUUAUCGUCUCUGGUAUUACGAUGGCGCCCGUAAUAAGGGCACGAUGAACCAGUUGAAACGGAUGCAGCAAAAAGCUGCUCUAUGGAUCACAGGUGCUUUCCGCACCUCACCCACAGGCGGUCUUGAGGCCUUAGCAGGUCUCAUCCCUGUCCACCUUAUGCUGAAGAAGUUAGCAACGUGUGCAGUGUAUCGCGUAGCCACCCUCUUCGCUCCAUGA